GCAUCAUCCGGUCUCUCAGGAAGGAGUACCCCAGAGUACGACGGCGGAGGCUACCCUGAGGGGCCCGGUUGAGAGAGAGGAAGGGGGAGAGAGACAUCGAUGUGAGAGAGAAACACCGAUCCAUUGCCUUCCUUACACGCUCUGAUGGGGGAUCAAACCUGCAGCCCUUUGGUGUAUGGGGUGAUGCUUCAACCAACUGGGCCACUCUGAUAGGAUGAAGUUGAGUUCUUGUUCAAAGGCACACAGCUGCAGAGUCAGCACUGAGGACUAUGGAGCCCUGCUAUGGUCACAUCCCUUUAAUGAAUUUCUUCUUUUUCCAGAUUCCCAUGACUCUGGACGUGCUUAUAGACUGUAUACAGGGCUGUGUAACCUUUGGAGACGUGGACAUUCUCUUCUCACAAGAGGAGUGGGGGCUCCUUGAUUAGGCUCAGAGAUGCCUAUACCUUGAUUUAAUGUUGGAGAACUUGUCACUUAUAGCGUCGCUGGUUUGUUGUCAUACAAUGGAGAAUGAAGAGACACCUGAGGAGAGUGUUUCUGUAGAAGCUUUGUCACAGGUGGGUCCAUCCAUCCAGAAGACUCACCCCUGUGAGAAGUGUGUCCCAAUGCUGAAAGACAUUUUGUACCUGGCUGAUCUACCUGGAAACAAACCAUACUUUGUUGGGGCAUGUGCAAACCUACACGAGCUUCAGAAGCAUUUCAGUACAGAGAAAAGCCAGGUAGAUAGGGCAUCGUUUGUAAAGAGCUGCAUAUUCCAUGUGUCAGGGAAUCCCUUCACCUGUAGGAAGGUUAAGAAAGAGUUCCCGGCCACUUUUGACCUUUUCCACCACCAGUUCAUUUCCAGUAGUGAGAAGCCAAACAAAAUCUCCAAGUGUGGGGAGUUACUUCAUGGCAGAAAGUAUCAUUACAGGUUGCAUGAAUGUGGGAAAGCUUCUAGCCACAAAUGCAGUCUUUACCACCUGAGAGUCUCCACUAGAAAAAGGGAUUCUCAGUCUAACAAAUAUGGAAAAACCUUCUGCUAUAAAUACUCACUUGUUCAGCUUCAGAGAAUCCACACUGGAGAAAGGCCUUUUGAGUGUAGUGAAUGUGGGAAAUCUUUUAGGCAAGCCACCCUCAUCAUACACCAGAGAGUUCACACUGGAGAAAGACCUUAUGAGUGUGAUGAGUGUGGGAAAUCCUUUAGUCAGUGCUCCAACCUUAUGAGCACUGCAGGAUUCACAGUGGAGAAAAGGCCUUUUGAGUGUGAGGAAUGUGGGAAAUCGUUUGGGUGCAAAUCCAACCUGGUUCCGCAUCAGAGAACCCACACUGGAGAAAGACCUUAUAAGUGCAAUGAAUGUGGGAAAUUCUUCAGACAAAGCUUCACCCUCAUUCAACACCGGAGAAUUCACACCACAGCAAAGCCUUUUGAGUGUGGCCAGUGUGGGAAGAUCAUUGGCAGAAGAGCCAUCUUCACAAAACACCAGAGGAUUCAUACUGGAGAAAGGCCAUAUAAGUGUGGUGAAUGUGAGAAAUGCUUUAGUCGAAGCACUAGCCUCAUUCAGCACUACAGUAUUCACACUGGUGCAAGGCCUUACCAGUGUGGCCAGUGUGGGAAAUCCUUUAGGCAAAAGUCUGUUCUCCUUCAACACCAGGUAGUUCACAGUGGAGAAAGACCCUAUGAAUGCAGCAAAUGUGACAAAGCCUUUAGCCAGUGCUCCGCCUCAAUCUCCACCAAAAUUUCACACCAUGGAGAGGCCUCAUGAACACAGGAAGUAUAGGAAAUCCAUCACUUCCGACAUCUAAUGUUCAGCACCAGGAGUCCACACUGGAGAAAAGCCUUAGACCUGUAGGAAAUGUGCUGUCUCCUUAUUCACUCUAAUGAUAUGUGACAGCUUUUAUGAGGAAGCCAUCUGCCUGAACUUCAAACUCCCACUUCACACAUACAGAAUUCCAGCAUAUGUGAGCUUACAGGACCAGUAGAGCACAUUCUAAAUUCUCUGGGCCCUUGCCAGUUACAAUCGCUGCCACUUUCUCUGGUAGAACCUGUCUCAUCUCUAUACUGCUUUGCAAUUGACAUCAGUCAUGCCAUGUGCCAAAGGCAAGGGGGAUAUCUGUGGCUCACUCCUUUCCACAGAAGAAUUCCUGAGUAGUCUGUACUCUUAUAUCAAAUUCCCGUUUCUGAUUAACUGAAACUGACCCACUUUGAGCCACAAGUGGGUUCUCCUGGUGGCUAGAGGGAAAGUUACUCUCUGCAUGGAUGUUGUUGGUUCUCAUGACACUUGUUGAUCUUUUCAGCCUCCAAGUCACCAACUGGUAACUGCCUGCCUCCCAUUGCUCUGUUUUGUGCGAUAAUAAAGGUAUUGUGAGCUUACCUUUAAUCUUGGGGGUCUUU